AAAAAUACUGUGGAUAUGGAUAAUUUCAGAGGUAUUAGGUGCUUACACAAAUGUGUGUAAGAAUUUUAUUGCAAAAUCCGAAUGGAAAACAUACUUCUAUAACUCUUCAAUGUUACCAUAAUAUUUAAUGCUUUUAUAAGUGUAUACAAAUAAUUGAAUUAUAAAAAAGUAGGUCACAGUUGUUGACGUGUGAUUAAUUUUGCGAAAUCGAAAGUACGUGGCAAAGAAAGGAGCUACAAAAUACUCACAUACUCACACAAACGCUGUACGUGCAGCAAACUAUUGGAUAUAUUUCAUUGAAGGUGAUAGAUGAUAUACUGCAUACUUGCAUUAUUAAUAGAUUUGAAGAAGGAAGUACUCGAUAGUGUAGUUUUAACCUAAAUCGAUGCAGUACCGUGGCCGCGACAGUUAAUUCAUCAAAUAAAAAAACAACCUGACGAGCCUUUGUGAAAGCCAUGGAAUCAGAUUAAUUUUAAAUACGAACUAUUUUAAGGUAUAGGUUUUUCAUUUUUAACAAUGGAUAUUCCGCAAACCGUCGUUCGGUUUCUUCAGGAAGACAGGGCAUUGAGGGUGGUCGAUACUAGAACUCCAUACCAUGAUUUGUUCGUCUGCAUGUGUGAUAUUCUUUUUGGCGAUGUUGAUAAAGCACCAGCUCAGCUUCGCAAAGUUAUCAAAGAGUCUAUGAUUAAUGGCAGAAAAGAGGUUGUUUCCAUGUUGCUCAGUUUGUUUGAAACCGGUAAUUCAUUUGGAAAUGAAGCAGGUACCAAAACACUGCAAGAUGACCAAAAAGCGUUAGAUGAUUUAAGAAAUAAAUUGGAAAAGGAUAUUCUUCUUAUGCCAUACAGUGAUGUUCAACACACCAAUGUCUACUUGCACUGCUUCGCGAUAUUCUUCAAAAUCGACAUUUUUGUAGCAUCCCCAAGACCAAAGCCGGCUUGGAGAUAUUAUCCAAGUAUGAAUUUGACACUUAGCAGAGAAUUAAGGGUAGGCUCAAACGUCUUGCAAGACAGGGACGGAAACAGACCCGGUCGUGGGGAAGUAAGGCUGCUUAUGUUGUACAGAGGGCACAGUAACACGUUCUGUCCAAUUAGGAAUAGAGGGGAAUUGGAAGUUCCAAGAAUUCACGGGCUAUUAGAAGUUUAUGCUCGAAGGUUGAAAGAGUGUUGUCCAAUCGAUAUUGAAAUACCUGAAAGUUUCCUGCGAUUGUUCAAAACGAAUAUUUCAAGGUUACGGCAGUACCAAAGUGUACUGCGACAGAUCGGGCCAACAUUUCGUGAAGAGCUUGUCCGUAAUGAUGAAACCUACAUGCAAGAACCGGGCCUUUUUCAAAGGAGAGGAAUACCAGAUAUCACCGUGAUCCUUGACCUAGUAGAAAGGCAAAAUGACUCCCUACCUCGAAAAGUUCUUUACCAGGUUUUAGUGAAAGAGUUGCAUCUUCAUGUAUUAGAAAAUAUCCACGGAAACAAAGCCUUCGAGAGAGAGAUAUUGUUCAUUAAACGAUACCGGGCUCUGAAGCGUUUGCAAGAGGCGAUAUGGAGGUUCCAGACGCUGAUGCACCAAUUCAACGACAAACACGAGGAGCUUAAAGAAAGACGAUUAACGAUGAACAAGGCAGUUAUCGGGACGUCUGUAACAGGCAUUCUAGGUGGAGCAAUGGGCAUUGCGGGCCUCGUUUUGACCCCCUUUACUGCCGGAUUGUCCCUAGGGUUGACCAUAGCUGGCGGUGUUGUUGGUGUUGGUAGCGGUGCUGUACAGGGGGGCUUCAGAAUUAACGAAGUGGUCAAACAGAACCAGACCACGCAUAAGAUGAAGGAAGAUUUAGAAUCGGUUGAAAGAGAUAUCAAUGAGGCCCUUCGUGAAGUCGACGUCUAUUUUCGGGAAACAAGUACUAUUGAACGUCAGUUUGAUGACUCAGGUGGAGCGCUACAGAGCGUCAUGUCCGUUGGCUCCAUUUUGAGGUCCGUACACAGCAUAAUUGGUGUUGCUAUAGCAGCUGCUCGAGUUGGGACAACAGCUGCUGUUGCCGCAGCAUCCAUUUUGGGACCGGUUGGCCUGUUGUUCGACAUUGGCUUUCUCGCCGAGGCUGCUCAUAACACAACACAUGGCGGAAAAACGGAUGCCGGACUGAUGAUCGAGUGUUUCGUUGCCUUCCAAAAGAUCUUUAUAACCCACUACCGCGGGAACAGCCACAAUGAUGCUGACUUAGUUGACCAUAUCUUGAGAGAGUGAAACAGGGGAAGUAAUCCAUGACCAAUCAUACGUACAUUGACUGGCUACGCAGUGCGUUUUGUGAAUUUCACAAGGUUACACAUCCGACUAAAAGUACUAUUUAACGACAUUAGUGUAAACAUGUACGGUCAAUAUUGAGAACAGUUCAUUAGAAUAGCGAGUUGGCCUGAUUUCAAAUAAGGCGUGCUGUGUUAAGAAAUAGUACAGAUUGUUCAUUUAAAAUGUUUUAUCGUUUGCUACUUCAAUAAUACCAUGACAACUGCUUAAAGUCCAUAUAUAAUGUUAACUGAUUAAUUAAGGCACUAUAACUAAAUCAAAUCAUUGAUAGAUACAGGGUACACAUAAAUGCACAUUACAAGUUUAAAUGUGCAUUUAUUGAUCAAAAUAUGCAUUAUUGGAGUUAUUUUGCAUUAAAUGUAUUAUGAACUUUGUUUCAAACUAAUUGUCGUAAAAGCAAAUCGAAAUAUUGUGCGAAUGUUCUUCAGUCAUAUAUAAAGCAGAAUUUAUUUAUUAUUAAUGAUCUGUAUAUCAAAUUUUAUAGAUCAGUUGUUUAUACUGCGGUACAAAUGUACUUGUUUUAAUAGUUUACUUGUUUGCUAUUUGUAUAAAUGUAAGCCAUUUCAUUCUAUUAAUAUGAUUACGUGUCAUGUUGAUCUAUAUUACGUACGUAUUGUGUGUAAUAUUUCAAUGUGUAUUCUCAAACAGUACGAACGAGGGGCAUUCCAGAUGUAAUGUUUCUGUUUCCAGUUUAGAAUUACACUGCUUAAAUUCACCUGAAACCCUUUCAUCAUAUUCAAUAUAUGUAUGUAAAGUAUUAAAAACAUGUUUUGACAUUUAUUUGAACAAUAAUAUUCCUUAGCUUACCUUUUCCUCCUUUUAACGAAAAACAGAAAGUCGAUUACUAAAGCUGUUUUUGUGUUCAACAUUUAAAACAUCUCUCCUUUAUAUAAACGUAUCUGUAUUACAAAAUCAUUGUUUAUAUUAAAUAAUGUGAACGUAUGACGGAUCAUACGCUUUUAAAAGUCUUGUUAAAGUGAUCACCAGCCAAUUGCAUAAACUUUGUUAAAUUGUUCACAGAAUUUCUGUCUGUUAGUUCGCACAUAUCAAUAAUUUGAUUGAUUGAUAGCAGUUAUUAUUCCCUACCGAAACGAUGGUAUUGGGAAGGGGAUAUCGCUUUUGCCGUUCUUCGUGCGUACUUUCGUCCAUCCAUCUGUUUUCUCCUCCGGAACCAUAUCUUAAUAGCAAUUUGUCAGAUUAUGUUCCCCUUGAUCAAUCUCGACCGCUGAUAAAACUGGGUUACAAGUAAUCAAUAACUAUUUUACUAGGUCAAAUCUUAGAAAAAUCUUUGGUACACACUAAAGGCAUAUUUGCACCACCAUUCAUCACACCUGAUCAGAAUGUUUCCCCUCUUCAUCAAAGAUUUAAGGUCACUAUGUCAAAUCUAAAAAAAAGAGAUUGGUAACUGGUUGCUGGAGGCAAUAUAUCUGGUCCAAUAUUUAUUAAACUUAAUCAGAAUGUUUUCCUUAAUGAAAUCAUUGAAUAGUUUGAAACUGGGUCACAUGAGGUCAAAAUGUAGGUCCCUAGGUCAAAUCUUUGAAAAUUCAUGUCCAGAACCAAAUGUGAGUAAUGAUUAUUCCGACUUCUUCAGACAUGAGUCACAUGGGGUCAAAAACUAGGGCAUAAGGUCAAAUCUUGGGAACAAACAGAGGUAAUAUAUCUGCUCCUAUCUUGAUGAACCUUAAUCAGAAUAUUUGCCUCGAUCACAUUUUUGAAAAACCUUUGAAACACUCUGAAGGGAUAUAUCUCCAAUAUUUCUGGUCCAUUACCUUCAUGAUGUAAUCAGAAUAUUUGCAUUGAUGAAAUAAUUACUAGUUUUAAAUUGUGUUAUGUUGGGUCAAACACCAGUAAGAGGCCAUCACUCUACAGCAGUAUUGCAUGGUUUGGUUGGAACUUUUCAUCAACACGUGAUUUCCAUGCCAUCUUCUUUGCCUUAUCUGGUGGGGAUAUCAAUUUAACGAAUUUUCUUGUUGGGUAAAUAUUGACCAAUCAAUAAAGUUUUCGGCUACCUUGGACCAAACCAACUUAACCACUUUUAUUCAAACGGCUAUAGAUUUCACUAGUACAUUUAACACAGUAUAAGUAUACUUGAUUUUGCUGAAUAUUGUGACAUGCUUAAAUUACUGUAUGUUAUCAUGUCAGAGAGAUUGACAUAGCUUCUAGGUGAUUAUAUUUUCUUUUUGUAAUGGAUAUCUGUUUUGUCCGUAAAGAACGUAUCAAAAUAGUUUCACUGUGUGUGACUACUGGGUACUAAUGGGACCAGUGAAAUCAACACUGGGCUGGCAUUCAUAUAGCAUCUGAAGACUUUUACUUAAAAAAGUCACUUCUAAUUUAAGUAUCUCAUUAGUCAUAUGACAUGAACACUUAUUAAUCUCCGAAAUACGUUAUUUUCAUUGAGUUUAUUGGAAAAUAUGUUUACAUAUCAAAAACAUGUUAACGUUUUUUUUAAUUUGACAAUGAAAAAAAAUCAAAUAAUCGAAUAUAGUUAGGAAAUGACUUACGACGCUUUAUGAAUACCUCCCAAGUACUUUGAAGUUGAUUAUUUUUUAAAUUGCUCUGUCUACAAGAAAGUCCUGUGAUACAUACACAAUCGGAGUAGUUAUCUCAAUUAUUAAUUAUAUUCGACCUUCGAUCCUCGGCACGUGCGCCAUUUCUUGGUCUUUCAGGGCAAAUUACACCAAUUUGAAAGAGCCUACUAUUGACUAUUGAAUAUAUAGGAUUAUUUUAGUGGUGUCCGACCUUUACACGGGCUUUUGUUCUAUACGUUAUGCUUUAAAUCUAGUUUGAUAGCUGGCUAAAUCUUAAGCAGGCUAAAGAAAAUAAUUGUAUUCACCCUGUUCUUAACUUGAAAAACUAAAGCAAAAUGCUAAGAAUCUAUUGUAAAUAUACACCAUUCAAAAGCCUUAAUCAUUCCUUUUCAUAAUGUGUGUAAUACUCACCAUUUAAAAGCCAAUGGCAUUCCGUGUGAUAAGAUGUGUACUAUUUUUACUUACAUAUGAAUCAGAAAAUCUUAUUAGUUGAUACUUUUGUAUUUACCCUCACAGUGAAUUGGUUGUUUAUUUGACCUUGCCAUGAAAGUAUUGCGUUGUUAUAAAACAUUAUGUUUAUGUAUCUGUUGUAGUAUUUGGUGUAUUGACAAUAUCUUUAUUUUGAUUCAUACUUUGUGAUUAAUAAGAAAACCACUUAGGAUAAAUGAAAAACUGUAAUCAUUGUAAACCAACGUGAUAAGCUUGUUAUUGGCAUAAUAUUUUAUUAACUCAUGUACUUUAUUAUCUAGAGGAUCUUUUCGAUUCGUUUGUUUGUAUUGUUGAAUGGAUUUUCCAUGUUUUAUUGUGUUUAGUAUCAUAUUUUGACUUAUAAACUUUAUACAAAAAGUAAUAUGAAGGAAAACGUACUGCAAUCAUUGUUUUGAUGUAACUAUUGAAUCGUCCUUGUGAAAAAUGUUUUUUCAUGUUUUUGUUGUUGUUUUAAACUAAUAUUUUCUUGAAUAAAAAUAAUUUUUAA